AUGCCCAGCACAAUGAGCCUACUAAAAGGCGCUGCAUUCAUCACUGGCGCCGCGUCAGGUAUUGGUCAAAGUACAGCAUAUGCUUUCGCUCGAUAUGGCAUCUCUCGUCUUGCGCUUUGCGACAUCCAUCCCGGAAAUCUCAAAGAAUCGAUCAACCAGCUGAAGGAACGUUAUCCAGAUCUUGAAAUCCUGCCAAUCGAGAUGGACACCAGUGAAGAGAAUUCCGUCACCGCCGCCAUUGCUUCCACGGUCUCUGCAUUCGGACGUCUAGACGUGGCCGUGAACAAUGCCGAUAUCGCUGGAACACCCCUUCCCACCCACGAGAAUAGCCUCGAAGACUGGCAACGCGUCAUGUCCGUCAAUCUAAACGGAGUCUGGCUGUGCCAAAGAGCUCAGAUUCAACAAUUCCUGAAGCAGGAGCCUCUUUCACCCGCACCUCGCGGUAGCCGUGGUGUCAUAGUGAACGUGGCAAGCAUGCUGGGCCUGGUUGCGUCCCAUCCCUCCACUCCAGCAGCAUCCUACACAGCCUCGAAACACGGCGUCGUAGGCUUGACAAGAACCGAUGCUAUGGCCUACGCCUCGCAAGGCAUUCGCAUCAACGCCGUCUGCCCCGGCUACAUCGCUACGCCUAUACUCAAGUCUACAUCCGAGGCAGGCUUCAUGGCUGAACUGGUCCAGCAGGUCCCGCAGCAGAGACUUGGAGAGCCAGAAGAGGUCGCUGAGUCGAUCGUCUACCUCGCGAGUCCGAGUCGAGCUUCAUGA